CAUCAAACAAGAAGUUAUAAAGCUCUACUAUAAACAUGGAAACACUGCUGUUUCUUGGGUCAGAAAUUUAUUCCACGAUUGUGUUGUUAAGUCAUGCGAUGCAUCAUUAUUGUUGGAGACAAUGAAUGGGAUAAGAUCAGAGCAGGAAUCUGAAAGAAGCUUUGGCAUGAGAAAUUUCAAAUAUGUUGAAACAAUCAAAGAUGCCCUAGAAAAGGAAUGCCCACUCACCGUCUCUUGUGCAGAUGUUGUCGCUCUCUCUGCUAGAGAUGGCAUCGUCAUGUUGGGAGGACCACGUAUUGAGAUGAAGACAGGAAGGAAAGAUAGCAAAGAAAGUUAUAUAUCAGAGGUAGAAACCUCCAUUCCAAACCACAAUGACUCCAUUUCGUCAGUGCUGGCUAGAUUUAAAUCCAUUGGCAUUGAUGUUGAAGGAACAGUCGCACUCUUAGGAGCUCACUCUGUAGGUCGAGUUCAUUGUGUGAACUUGGUUCGUAGACUUUACCCAACAGUGGAUCCAACAUGGGACCCUGAGUACGCAGAGUAUAUAAAAGGUCGGUGCCCUACAUCUGACCCAGAUCCAAAUGCAGUGUUGUAUGCACGAAACGACAGAGAAACACCUAUGAUUUUGGAUAAUAUGUACUACAAGAAUAUACUGAACCACAAAGGACUUCUUCUUAUUGAUCAACAGCUGGCUUUUGAUCCCACAACAACUCCGUUCGUAGAGAAAAUGGCAGCCGAUAAUGGCUACUUUCACGACCAGUUUGUCAGGGCAAUUCAGUUAUUAUCUGAGAUUAAUCCUCUCACUAAUGAUCAAGGCGAGGUCAGAAAGAAUUGUCGAUUUGUCAAUUCGAACUAAAUUAUAUAUAUGUAUCAUCAUAUGUUUAUGAUAUUGAAACGAGUGUUUUACUCAA